CGAGAGUAGAAGAAGUUCGAACGCGAGCCAAACAGAUCAUAACCGAGAGCUCAGAAGCACUCACGAGCUGAAGAGCUGAAGCCAGCAGCCAGUAGCGUAGUACUAACCCAGCACUGCCCCUCUCCCUUGCCACUGCCUUUGCCCCUGCCCUGCCCUGCCCUGCCCCUAGCGCAGCCGACGAGCGAGAGAGAGCCUUCAUAAAGAGAUGCAGACGAGGGCGUGAAAAGUUGAUUUCUGGGGCCCUCAGACGACGCUGUGGAUUUCGUCACUCCUCGACCUCCUCGGCCCUCCCCUCUCUUCUGUCGUUCGUCGCCAUAUCGCCUCUCUCUCUCACUCCUUCUCACUCCUUCCUUCACACGCUGCACACCGAAUUCGUUGAAAUUCGUGGCCGAGCUAUUUGCCAUAGCUCGUGCCUACAUAGCGAGGGCGAGCCGAGUCGGUCCGAGCAUCCACAUUAUUCUUCCACAGUCGCUCCUCCCUCUCGUCCAUCACAUCAGACUUCGUCUCCUUCAUUAGUCCUCUCCACCACCAUCAUCUCAUUUCAUCUCGACCCGACUCAACUGGAGAUCGAGCGCAACUUGGCGGUGGGUCAUCGAGAGACAAACAGGAGCCUGCCUCUCGGUCUUCCGGAGUGAGCUGCAGCUCGAGCUCGAGCUCACGGGCGAGUCCGCAGCUCAGUUCGGUCGCCACUCGUCGAGGGGAGGGGAGAGGAUGGGAGGGAUGAGGAUUUCGCUGCUGGCAGUGUGCGGGCUGCUGGUGGUUCUAUCGAGCAGCGCAGGGGUUGCGGCGCAGACGAUCAACUCGACGUACUACACGGAGGGAUGCUACUGGGGGACGUGCCCUGCGAGGAUCAGCUACUUCGCCAAACCGGGGGAGACGCUGCAGACCAUCGCCGACCUCUUCGGAGUGGACUUCGACGAGCUCAUGGGCGCCAACAACCUCGACAUCACCAAGGCGGCCGAGCUGAAGACCACGAAGCUGGCGAACGGGACGCUGCUCCUGGUGCCGCAGCUCUGCGAGUGCCUCAGCUCGGGCUCGACCUUCACGGGCGCCAGCGUGCGCAGGACCAACCGCACCGUGUACACCGUGAAGUCGGGCGACACAUUGUCGAAGAUCGCCGACGACUACUUCGGGGGCCUGACCACAUACCCGGAGAUCGCCGCCGUGAACCAGAUCGAGAACGUGAACGAAAUCUUCCCCGACCAGAAGCUCGUCAUCCCCUUCAUGUGCUCGUGCCCCAAUGUCACCGAGCCCGAGCCCUACCGGAUCGGCCUCUCGUACCUUGUCCAGCCCGGCGAUGACUUCAGCGAAAUCGCGACCAAGUUCGGCAGCUCCGCCUCCUUCCUCCAGACCUUCAACAACAUCACCAACUCCUCGGCCCUCCUUGCCUCGAGCCUCAUCCGCGUCCCCCUCGCCGCGUGCAAGGCCAACUUCAGCGGCGGAGCGCAGGAUGGGAAUCUCGUGGUGACGAACGGCGCCUACAACUUGACCACCAGCGAGGACUGCGUGCAAUGCAAGUGCUACAUCGAAGGCAACGCGACGGUGCCGUCGAUGAACUGCGUGCCGAACCCGGCCAGGGACACGGCCAAGUGCCCGAGCCUGGACUGCAGCGCCGGCCUGUCCAUCGGCAACUUCACCACCAAGGCCGUCGCAACGGGCUGCGAAGUGACCACGUGCGAGUACAAGGGCUUCAUCAACGCCGGCAAAGUCGAAAAACCAUACACGCAAUCGGUGGAACCGACGUGCCCAGCUUAUUCUUCUGCACCGGCGCCUUCUCAGCUCGGUUCCGUGCCCGGAUCGUCGAGCUCUCCGUCGACACCGGGAGCUGCCCCUGGCACUCCAGGAGCGCCGUCCAACAGCAGCUCUGUCGCACUGAGCCCACGACAUCCUCUGCUCUUGAGCGCAGCGACCGUCGUGGUGUCCGUGCUCCUCUUCACGAGAUGAUGAUGAUGAAAAAGUUUCAUCGAUCAAUUCCAAUUCCUUGUAUCUGAAUUUCGAGCUUAACUUCACACGGUGCCACCCGAUGGUGGUCCUGCAAAUUGUUUUGAGACGAUCUCAGCCUUCUUACGCCUGCAGCAGCAGCAGCAGCAGCAGUAGCAGUAGCUGAGCUGAUCAUUAAAACUGUCAGCUGGAAUUGGACUUUGGCUGCUGGCUUGGCCUCGAGGGCUCAGUAUCAUCUCUCUCUCUUUCUUUCUAUGCUGUAAAGGUCUUCUAGCUAUACUUUAGAGGUCGGAUCGUGUGUUAUGAUAGAACCCCUCGCUGCACUGUUCGGGGGGUGUGUUGUACUAUUGGCUGUAGGUUAGGCAAUGUGGAUUCUUAGCUUACACUGCGGACUGGUCGGUGCCGGAAGUAGACGUGACUGAUUCACCAAGCUCAGACACCGACCCCCAGCUCAGAUGAUCGGAUCAUAGAACUAGCUGUAGGUGGCUGGGCUGCCAAUGAAGAAACUGGAUUGGCACUCCAAGCUCGGGGCCAUUUUUUGUACAAACCAUCAUCUGCUCUGAUUUCUGGGUCCACUGGAUCUGAAUAUUUUAAUGUCCAUCCUACUUGAAUUUCUGAGACGAAACUUUGAGCACCUGGUGUCGCUCUGCCGUUC